CUGUCCGCUUCCCUCUCCCUAAAACAGGCUCAUCAGAAAGCAGAAGUGGUGCCAGUUUUCUCCAUAGAACGAGAAUGGGCUGGCGUUGGGAACCCGCAUGUCCCGGGGAACGACGAUCCAGGGUCAGUCUUGUCCUCAACCGAGGAACCAUUUAGUCUGGCCGCAGAAUGGAUUGCCCGAUCCGUAUCCCGUUCAAAUACCGCUGUCAAUCUGAGUUACACUCUGAUCGCCGAAGUUGCCGUCAAUCUUCCCCACCCGGAUCCGAAACUAGUCGCCCUAUGGGAACAGUCAGUGAUUGUAGUUGCGGCCCUGUGUACGUUUUCUCUGAUACGAAGGCGAAACAGGUUGACUGGCAUUUCGUCCAGCGUGAAUGCAGAAUACUACAAUAUACAGGAUUUCUUUGUUCAGGUUAGUAAGUGUUGCAUACUGUUUCACCAUCUUCCACGUAUGAUGCUCUCAACUUUUUUUUCAUGUUCUAUUUUUUUAUAUGCAAUCCGUUGUGGUCCUUUAGAAUGUAACGCUCAUAUAACUUUGUGCUGA